CACAUCUCAUUAGGCCUCUUCUAGUCUUUUAGCUGCUGCUUCUCAACUAGAAUCCAUUUCCCCCAAAACUGCCAUCUUCUUUAUGCUCUGUCUUACAUCAUUCCAUGGAUACAUUAUCAAGCACAGUUUCAACCCUCAAGAUUCCAUCAGUACCCACACAAACUCAUCAUCAUCGUGAAUUAUUCUAUCAUCACUUGAUAAGAACCAACACUGCCAACUGUCAACCCUGUGUUUGUUCUUCCACUGCUUCCAUUAUUCCCAGAACCAGCAAGAAGGCUGCUGUCUCUACUUUUCUACCAGUCUCUGCUUCCUCAUCGUCACCGCCUCUCCAACCACGUUCUUCUUCUCCAAUAUUCCAUGCAAAGCCAGCCACUGGGUACGCAGCGGCCAUAAUAGAGGUGGGUCAAAGCACCAAGUCCCUUCACGCCGUUCACAUGGAUGUUCAGAGGCUCCUGAGGUUUCUCCAAUCAAGCAAUAAUAACGAUAAGGGAGAAGCAGCGGCUACCAUGAUGAAGGAGGUGGGCAAGCAAGGAAAGUUUCAGAGGCACGUGGUUGCGUUGUUGAGGAUGCUGAUGAAGAAGGGCAAAUUGGGAAUUUUGGGAGAAGUUUUAAAAGAGUUCGAGAGGAUCUACGAGGAGCUUUGUGGAACUCAAGUGGUGUUGGUGUCAUCUGACGAGUUGUUAGGGAUAGCCAAGAAGGUGCGGCAAACACCCUCUUUUGCCUUCUGAACUCAAAUUGAAUGUGUUCAAGGAUGAUGAUCAAUUCAAACCUAUAUAUAUAUUGUAAAUCUCAAAUUACAAUUCAAUUACGAGUUUCUAUGCUUCCAUCAAAGCUCGCUCUUGGUUUUGCUUUAUUCCAUUUCAUUGUUUGCAUGUAUGAUUCAUUGGAUUUCGGGAACAAUUACAGCAUCCGAGACUUUGUUUAUUGAUUAAUUAACCAACAAGACACUGAGCUAGGAGAGGCAAACGGGUCGGACCGGUUUGUAUAACCCGUUAAAAAAGUGGGUUAGGAUAGAAUUUAAAACCGUUAAACUUAAAAAGUUCACCUGAUUUGUCCGGUUUAAUCCGUAGAUUUUGAUGGACUUUAUCUAAGUGGGACAAGC